AUGGCGGAUACUGUACGGAAGAAGCAAAAGCUUGUUGUCGUCGGAGCUGGUCCGGUGGGGUCGCUGGCAGCUCUGUAUGCCGCAGCCAGAGGUGAUGAGGUCGAAGUCUAUGAAUUGCGUGGAGAUCUUCGUGAUCCUUCGACAAUUCCACUGAAUUUCACAAAGUCCAUCAAUUUGGCUUUGUCUGAGCGUGGAAUUACCGCCAUGAAGCACUCUAACCGGGAGGACCUCAUCAACAACGUCCUCCGAGGCACGAUUCCAAUGUAUGGACGGAUGAUCCACGGCAGAGACCACGGGCGACUGUGGGAAGCUGCGCAGGCAUACGAUGUCCAUGGCCGUGCCAUCAAUGCUGUCGACAGAAGUACCUUGAACAAUGCGCUACUCGAUGAGCUGGAGCGCACACCUAAUGUGAAGCUCUUCUUCAAUCAUAAACUGACCGGGGCCGACUUCCAUGCGCGCAAAGCGUGGUUCGAACGUCGUUUGCCCGGCGAGGCUCCACUUCCAAACUCUGCGAACCGCGUGCCAGAGAUCGAAGUGGACUUUGACUUCAUGAUCGGAGCGGAUGGAGCUCAUUCCGCGGCAAGAUACCACAUGAUGAAAUUUGCCCGGGUGGAUUAUCAGCAGGAGUACAUCGAUACAUUGUGGUGCGAGUUCCGCAUUCCUCCAACCGAGGAUGGCGACUUCCGCAUCUCCCCCAACCACCUGCAUAUCUGGCCUGGAAGGGAAUUCAUGUUCAUCGCCCUCCCAUCCGCAGACAAGUCCUUCACAUGCACGUUGUUUGCGCCCGCCGCGCACUAUACGCUUCUAGGAAGCUCGCCGCAGAAAUUGGUCGAGUCCUUCAAUGACCAUUUUCCCGGGGUUUGUCCGGAACUCAUCUCUCCGGACGAUCUGCAGGAGCAGUUCGCGACCAACCCCCACCUUCCUUUGAUCAGCCUCAAAUGCAAGCCUCACCAUUAUAACUCCAGUAUCGCCAUUGUGGGCGACGCCGCGCACGCCGUCCUACCCUUCUACGGCCAAGGCCUCAACGCCGGACUUGAGGACAUUCGUGUCUUGUUCGAAUUUCUGGAUAAGCAUGGCAGUUACGAUUUAGACGCAAGCCUGGAAGCUCGUAGAGAAGCGCGCGCUAAAGCAUUCCAAGCAUACACCGACCAGCGCUGUGCGGACGUGCACGCCAUCAACGACCUGUCCAAGGAAAACUACCUCGAGAUGCGGUGGGGAGUCAAGACUCCUCUAUACAAACUUCGCAAGUCAAUUGAAGAGACACUCGACCGCUACGUUCCCAGCCUAGGCUGGCAAACACAGUAUUCGCGAGUGAGUUUCAGCAAUCAACGGUACUCCGAAGUAACCCGAUCUGUUCGAUGGCAGGGCAAGGUCCUCGGUUUGGGACUUGCAACUACCGUCAUUCCUACGGUAGGAGUGAUCGGGUACAUGAUCUGGAAGAACCCACGGCAGUAUUCGCCGCUUGGUCUCUUGCGCUACUCCCUGCGGCGCCUGAGUAGCAUCUGGGUGAGGUUGUUCCGCCUAAUUGCCUACGCUUGA